GCGGCACAUCCCAUGCAGAGACGGGGUGGUUGGCGGUGACAGUGUGUCGUUUCCCUGUUGUUCCCUCCGCUGUGUAAUGAAUGGUUCCUCGUUAAACAAUCCGAGCCCACAGCCCUACGCUUUCUAAGCUUCCGUUAGAAUGAGGGUGACCAUGUCCCCUGACGAGAUCACCUACCUUGCCGUGCUGCUGUUUUCUGUAAUAAUAGGAUUUCCCUUCAAGCAUGCAAGUCCACAUGUGAAGCAGUGGGGUGGCGCAGCGGUGGGAUUGCUGGUGACGCUGGGGACCUGUAACAUCCACAUCCUGCAUUCCAUUAUCACUAUCCUUGGGACAUGGCUUAUCACAAAAAUAUCACCCAGAUCCUGUCACUUCCUCGCACUGGGCUGGACCUUCAGCUACCUGCUCUUCUUCCGAACAGCGACUUAUUUUGACCUUCCAGCACCCACCCCCUUCACUAAUGCCGUGCAGUUACUUUUAACACUGAAGCUUGUGAGCUUUGCAAAUGAGGUGCAAGAAUUUAACAGAGUCAAGAAACAAGAAGUGUCAUCAUUUUCCAGUCAGUCAUCUGUCAACAUGAUUCCCAAGAUCCCAAGUCUGAUUGAGGUUUUCUUGUACAGUUAUUGCUACAUCGGACUCAUGACUGGCCCCUUCUACAGAUUUAAGACCUACCACGACUGGCUGCACCAAAUUGGUUCUCAAGAUAUUCCGACCUGGAAGCCCAUGUUGAUGCGGUUGAAGCCGGCCCCUGUGUUUGGUGUUCUGUUUCUCAUUGUUUCACACUACUUCCCUCUGGAAUACGUGAAGAAAGAGGAGUUCUACGAGUGCUCCUUCCUGUAUCGCCUCUUCUACAUGGUCCCCAUCUUCUUUGUGUUCCGCAUGCGCUUUUAUGUGGCCUGGAUAUUUGCAGAGUGUGGUUGUAUCUCUGCCGCCUUUGGUGCCUACCCUGUUGCAGCCAAGUCUCGCUCUGGUGCGGGACCAACCGUAGAAUAUGCGCUACUAGAGAGAGACGCUGAUGGAACAAAGGUGAACGUCGAGUAUGACUAUGAGACCAUCAAGAACAUUGACUGCUAUGGAGCAGAUUUCUGUGUGAAGGUGAAAGACGGGAUGCGCUGCUGGAACAUGAGUGUGCAGUGGUGGCUGGCACAGUACAUAUACAAGAAUUCACCCUUCAAGUCCCUUGUGUUUGGGAGUGCCUGGACCAUGUUAGUCAGCGCCUACUGGCACGGGAUUCAUCCUGGGUAUUACCUGAGUUUCCUGACCAUACCCUUGUGUCUGGCAUCAGAGACCUCCAUGGACGUUGGCCUGAGACGUCGCCUGUCUGAUUCUGGCAAGCUAGUGUUCGACUGGGUGCACUGGUUCCUUAAAAUGAGGGCCUAUGACUACAUGUGCAUGGGUUUUGUCCUGCUCACCUUCUCUGACACGGUCCGCUAUUGGCACUCCAUUUAUUUUGCCAUCCAUGUGGUGGCUGUUUUCUUCUUGAUUGUUGGCAAGCUGCUGGCCAUGGCCACUCCUCGAGCUCCCAGGAGCAGCAAAGAAGGAAAGGAAGAGAUUAAGAAGGAAAAAUGAUUGAACGUCUUGUGCCCGGAUGUCUCUGCAAGCCAUAGAAUAUCUGUGCUUGUGCUAGACUGGAUGUCCUGAUUGAACAAGUCCUAUGCUUCAGGUACCAGACUGUGAAAGACUUUAUUUACUGCACAUAUUGGGAGUUGCAGUCUCUCAGUAGUACGUCAGCGUCCCUGUCUUCACCCGAACUAUGUGCUUCCUUGAAGGACCACAGGGUGGUUAUUACACUUCACACUUAUCAUUUAUUUACAGCUUUUUUAUGUUUCAGCCACAUAAGUUGUGAUCAAAUGCGUGUUUGUGUCACAAUGCCUCUUAUCAUUGCCAUAUACUCAUCCUCACGUGUUUGUCUUUAGUUCCCCCUACUGGUAGGACCAUGAAUUGCUGGAAAUAAGAAAUUAGUUGACCAUGGUCUUCUACAGCUGCAAAAAAAACCUUUGUGGGGUAACCUUUUUUUGUAAUCCAAUAGGAAUUAUUAUAAUUAAAAUAAUUACAUUUUCAGUAAGGGCGACACAAAUGGAGAAUUUA